AUGACUGCCGACAGCAAUAGCGUGAUCAGUGGUACAGUGUCUAGUUACGCUAAGCUAGUGCAAAACCAAACGCCAGAAGACGUCUUGGAAGAAUUUCCUGAAAUUAUCCCAUUACAGCAAAGACCCAAUACUCGAUCUAGUGAAACGUCAAAUGACAAGAGCGAGGAAACCUGUUUUUCUGGUCACGACGAGGAACAGAUCAAACUAAUGAACGAAAACUGUAUUGUUUUGGAUUGGGACGAUAAUGCUAUUGGUGCCGGUACCAAGAAGGUUUGCCAUUUGAUGGAAAAUAUUGAAAAGGGUUUACUACAUCGUGCAUUUUCUGUUUUCAUUUUCAAUGAAAACGGUCAGUUGCUUUUACAGCAAAGAGCCACGGAAAAAAUCACUUUCCCUGAUCUUUGGACCAACACCUGUUGUUCUCACCCAUUAUGUAUUGACGACGAAUUGGGCUUGAAGGGUAAACUAGACGAUAAGAUUAAAGGUGCAAUUACCGCGGCCGUAAGAAAAUUAGACCAUGAAUUGGGUAUUCCAGAAGAAGAAACCAACACUAAGGGUAGGUUCCACUUUUUGAACAGGAUUCAUUACAUGGCGCCAAGUAAUGAGCCAUGGGGAGAGCAUGAAAUUGACUACAUCCUAUUUUAUAAGAUCAGUUCUAACGAGAGUUUGACUGUCAAUCCGAAUGUCAAUGAAGUUAGAGACUUCAAAUGGGUUUCACCAAGCGGUUUGAAAGCUAUGUUUUCUGACCCAAGUCACAAAUUCACACCUUGGUUCAAGAUUAUUUGCGAAAAUUAUUUGUUCAACUGGUGGGAGAAACUAGAUGAUCUUUCUGAAGUUGAAAAUGACAGACAGAUCCACAGAAUGCUAUGA